AUGCAGCAGGUUAUGAGCCCAAGCGCCGUGUCGUCCACCAGCAACGCCUCCAUUGACAAGUUCAACGGAGACAAUUACGCAACGUGGAGCCGGUACAUGCGCGGUGUGUUUUUGACGAAGUCCGUCUGGCACGUCGUCAACCGUGAAGUGACUCCGACUUUCACCGACCCGCGAGCGUCCGAUGACUACAUCAAGGCAAGCAACGUCGCGUUUGGUAUGAUGCUGCUGCACAUGAACGCGGACUACCAUCAUGUGCUGGACAACUGCGAGGAAGCCUGGGUUGCGUGGACAAGUCUGAAGACGCUGUACGGUGGGUCGCAGAAGGCAGGACGCAUCUACCUCAAGCGACAACUUUUUAGUAUCAAGAUGGCUGAAGGCGCGAACGUCAUGCAUCACUGCAACGAGGUCCUCAACAUCUCCGCCAAGCUUAGCGGCAUCGGUGCGAAGAUGGAAGACGAAGACGUUGCAAUUUGUCUGCUACUCAGUCUUCCGAAGAGCUACGAAAAUGUGGUGCUCAACAUGGAAAUGAGCAGCACCGAUCUUCGCACUCAAGAUGUGGUGAGAGUUGUUGACGGUCAUCGGUUUUCUACCAGUAUCGGUAACUGUGAUUGUUGA